AUGGGCAUUCUUCUCAGUGUCUUGCGCGUCAUCGCGCUUCUUGGUACGGCAUAUGUGCUUCUCAAGGUAUUGCAGAACUAUUUGGGCCGUUCGCCCUUGGAUAACAUCCCUGGUCCGCCUUCGGGGCACUGGAUGAAAGGUAACCUGGGACAGAUAUUCGACCGCGCAGGCUGGGACUUUAAUCACAAUCUGGGUCUGAAGUAUGGUCCCGUCGUGAAACUGUAUGGACAGUUCGGGACUAGGCAACUCUUCGUAUUCGAUCCUGCUGCUCUGUCCAGCAUCAUUGUCAAGGAUCAAUAUGUAUACGAGGAAGCCCCCGAGUUCCUUGCCUCGAUACACUGCAUGCUGGGUGACGGACUACUCGCAACGCUCGGCGAGCGCCACCGCAAGCAACGCCGGCUCCUGAAUCCCGUCUUCUCCAUCGCGCACAUGCGGCACAUGGUCCCCAUCUUCUACAACAUCACUUCUAAGCUCCAGCGAGCCAUCGGCGCUCGGGUCAAGAACGGUCAGGAGGAGAUCGACAUCCUCGACUGGAUGGGCCGCACAGCGCUCGAGCUUGUCGGGCAGGCCGGCCUGGGAUGGUCCUUCGACCCGCUCGAAGAAGAUACCGUAGACCAUAACCUCGGCACUGCCGUCAAGGGCGUGGUCCCGACCCUCUUCCCUCUCCGUCUUAUCCGUCCUCUCCUUCCUAUCGUGAUGAAGCUCGGAUCUCCAGCCCUCCAGCAUAAGUUGGUCGACCUCAUCCCGAACAAGCACGUCAGGCGGGCGAAGCAGAUCUCCGAUGAGAUCCAGAAACACUCGCGUCACAUCUAUGAGGAGAAGAAGCGGGCAAUGCGUGAGGGUGAUGAGGCCGUCAUGCAUCAAAUCGGCGAGGGCAAGGACAUCAUGAGCAAGCUCAUGCAGGCGAACAUGAGUGCGUCCGAGGAGGAUAAGUUGCCUGAGGAUGAGCUGCUCGGCCAGAUGGCUACCUUCAUUUUCGCCGGUAUGGACACAACUUCCAAUGCGCUUGCGCGCACGCUCGACCUUCUCUCCACGCAUCCGGACGUCCAGAACAAGAUGCGUGCGGAAGUCCUCGAGGCAAUCCGCGAGCAUGGCGACGACAUCCCGUACGACGUCCUCGUCGAGCUGCCCUACAUGGAUGCUGUCUGCCGCGAGACCCUCCGUCUGUACGCUCCCGUCCCGCACCUGAUCCGCAAGACGCGCAAGGACAUCGUCAUGCCCCUUUCGGCGCCGAUCCGCGGCGUAAACGGUGCGCUGAUCAAUGAGAUCCCCGUGCCCGAGGGUACGGUCGUCCACAUCGGCAUCCUCGCGUCGAACCGCAACCCCGAGUUGUGGGGGCCCGAUGCGGCCGAGUGGAAGCCCGAGCGCUGGCUGAACCCGCUGCCCGAGGUCGUCAAGGAGGCACACAUCCCCGGCGUUUACUCGCAUCUUAUGACUUUCUUGGGAGGUGGACGCGCUUGCAUUGGCUUCAAGUUCUCGCAGCUCGAGAUGAAAAUUGUUUUUGCUGUCCUCCUUUCCAAGUUCACCUUCGCGCCGUCUGGGAAGGAGAUCUUCUGGAACGUCGGGGGCAUCCAGUACCCGACUGUGGGUGUGAGCUCAUCAAGGCCGGAGAUGCCGAUGAAGGUCGGGUUCGUGAAGGCAUGA